CGCGUCGCUGGCAGACGUUUUCUAAGCAUCUGCCGAUUGCCAUACUUCCGGCUGGCAUUGACCCAUUAAAUGUGGUAAUUUGAUAGUGCAACAAGGAUACGAAGCACAUUUAUUCAGCAAUAAUCGCAAAUAAUUAAUUGCAAAAACAAAGGGGACACUGCGGACGCGCUUUUAAAAUGGCGUGGCAGUUUUUGAAACGUUUAACGCAAUCGGAUAGCAUUUUGCAAUCGCUCCGCCCCCUGGCGUACAUCUCAUUAAUUGGACUAGCACCGUUUCGAAUGAGUGCCAACAAGGAAGUGCGCACAUCCGUCUUCUCAUUUGCGGCAGGCGUUGUGCAUUUUCUGUUUUUUAUUUUAUGUUUUGUGCUUUCGCUACUAGAAGGCGACUCUAUCAUUAGCUAUUUCUUCCAGACCAGCAUUACGCGCCUGGGCGAUGCGACACUGUCUCUGAGUGGCAUAAUUGCAAUGGUGACGAUUUUCUUUUCGAUUUUCUUCAAACGCAACCUGCUGCUCAAUAUCAUACAAAAUUCUUUGGUGGUGGAUGAGAUAUUUUUGCGUUUGGGCCUAAAACUCGAUUAUCGCAAAGUGCUGUUGUACUCAUUUGUAACUGUGAUGGGCUUACUGCUCUUCAAUGUCGUUUAUCUGUUGGUCAGCUACAUGUUGCUGCGUUCGGCAGAGAUUUGGCCAUCAUUUGUGGUUUUUACUACAUUCGCCUUGCCGCACUUGAAUAUAAGCAUCAUGGUUUUCAAAUUUCUAUGCACCACGCACUUGACACGCACACGGUUCCGAAUGAUGAAUGAGGUCCUGCAGGACAUACUCGACUCGCAAAUCGAGGAGCGUUACGCUGAGGAACUAUCACCCAUGCACUCAGUAAUACGGAUGCAUCGCCAUAGCAUGCCUCCUGCACCGUGUGUUAUUCAACCAACCGCCACGCCACGUCCACGCUAUAGCGUCACUUCCAUUGUGCGUCAGAAUCCCGAAAGAGCGCUAAAGCAAGUCAGCAAUGUACAUAAUUUGCUUUGCGACAUUUGUUGCACCAUCGAAGACUAUUUCAAUUACCCAAUGCUCGCUAUUAUUGCCAUUUCCUUUCUAUUCAUAUUGUUUGAUGAUUUCUACAUAUUGGAAGCGGUUAUUACGCCGAGUCGCGUGGACAAAUUCGAGGCAGAUGAAUUCUUUGCCUUCUUCUUUACACAAAUGGUGUGGUAUGUGGUGAUUAUCCUACUAAUCGUGGAGGGCAGCAGCAAAACUAUUAGGGAGAGUAAGAGCACUGCGGCCAUUGUGCAUAAAAUACUGAAUAUUUCCGAAGACUCGGCUGUGCAUGAUCGUCUUUUACGCCUAUCGUUACAACUGUCACAUCGACAGGUCACAUUCACUGCAGCUGGGCUGUUCAAGUUAGACCGCACUUUGAUAUUUACGAUUUGUGGCGCUGCUACGUGCUAUCUUAUUAUUUUGAUACAGUUUCGUUCUACGCCCUCCCACUGGGACCGUACGAAUGCAUCGUCCGCCGCUGGAUUGACUCCAGGAUGAAGUGUUGUGUCUUAAAGAGUGGAAAUAUUAUAAGCAAAUCGAAUUUAACCUAAAAUGUCUUUCAGAAAUAUCUUUCAUCUAGUACAAAAUACUUGUAAUUGCUGCAUAAUCAA